CAGCAAAGUUUCCUCCACGUUUUUCCGGGUUUCGCUGGAUGUCAAGUUUCCUGUGUCGCCCUGUAGCCAUCACACUCUGGUGAGGCAAACACACCAUGGACGAGCAAACGAGGCACCGUUAGUUUGCAAGACACGUCUGCUGGUGGUCUUAUCUCCUGAAACCCCCCUCGCUGGUCCCACUGCAGCGAUGUCGAGAGAAAACACGACCCGGAGUUUGGACAGUAUAGACCUCGCUGCUCUACGAGAUCCAGCUGGUAUCUUUGAGUUGGUUGAGGUGGUUGGAAAUGGAACGUACGGGCAAGUCUACAAGGGUCGUCAUGUCAAGACGGGCCAACUGGCAGCUAUCAAAGUCAUGGAGGUCACAGAGGACGAGGAGGAGGAGAUCAAACUGGAGAUCAACAUGCUGAAGAGCUACUCGCACCACAGAAACAUCGCCACCUACUACGGAGCCUUCAUUAAGAAAAGUCCUGCGGGCCAGGACCACAACCUCUGGCUGGUGAUGGAGUACUGUGGCGCGGGCUCAGUGACCGACCUGGUGAAGAAGACCAAAGGAAACAGCUUCAAGGAGGACUGGAUUGCCUACAUCUGUCGGGAGGUGCUCAGGGGUCUCACCCAUCUCCAUGCCCAUCACGUGAUCCAUCGAGACAUCAAGGGUCAAAAUGUUCUGCUGACUGAGAACGCAGAGGUCAAACUGGUGGACUUCGGGGUGUCUGCCCAGCUGGACAAGACGGUGGGCCGCAGGAACACCUUCAUCGGGACGCCCUACUGGAUGGCGCCCGAGGUCAUCGCCUGCGACGAGAACCCCGACGCCACCUACGACUACAGGAGUGACCUCUGGUCGCUGGGCAUCACCGCUCUUGAGAUGGCGGAGGGGGCUCCACCGCUGUGCGACAUGCAUCCGAUGAGAGCUCUGUUUCUGAUUCCCCGAAACCCCCCUCCCAAACUCAAGACCAAGAAAUGGUCCAAGCGCUUCCUGUCGUUCGUCGACCGCUGCCUGGUGAAGAACCACACGCUGCGGCCCAGCGCGGAGGCCCUGCUGCGGCACGCCUUCGUCAAGGACCUGCUCAACGAGAGGCAGGUCCGCAUCCUGCUGAAGGACCACCUGGACCGCACCCGCAAGAAGAGGGAGAAGGAGGGCCCAGAGUAUGAGUACAGUGGCAGUGAGGAAGAGGAUGAAGAGCCGGCAGAGGAAGAGGGUGAACCCAGCUCCAUAGUGAACGUUCCCGGGGAGUGGACGCUGAGGCGGGAGUUCCUACGGUUACAGACCGAGGGCCGGGAAGGGGCCCGGGAAGGCGGGGGCCCAGCAGGAAGUGGGGCCCAGCAGAGACACCAACAGCAGGCUCUGCAGCAGCAGAGGCAGCAGCUCGCCGAGCAGGAGCGCUACAAGCAGCAGCUGCUGGCCGACCGACAGAAGCGCAUCCAGCAGCAGCACGAGCAGCGGCAGAAGCUGGAGGACCAACAAAGGCGUCAGCUGGCGGACACGGCUUUCCAGUGGGCGGAGCUUCAGGAGAUACUGUUGGGGGAGGAGUCGGAUCUCCGCGACAACCGGAUCUUAUUGGACGAGAGGAACGGCGGGAAGAGCGAACGGAGACAGAGACCCCCACCUCCAAGCCAGCAGCUGCAGCCUCCACCCCGGCAGGCUCCUGGCCCCCAGCGCCGGGACCAGCCCCCCCAGCUCCUGCACCCCCAGCGACCCCCGCCCCAGCACCUCCCGCACCCCCAGCACCAGCAGCCGUCGGCGGGCCGCAGGUCGCACCGCACCCUCCCCAAGGACCAGACCCAGCUGCUGUCCCUGCAGCACGACCACCGCCACCGCGAGCGGGAGAGGGAGCGCGAGCGCGAGCGGCACAGGGAGCGGGAGCGCGAGCGGGCGAGAGAGAGGGAGCGGGAGAGGGAGCGACCGGCGCCCGGCGCCCAGAAGCUCGCUCACGGCGGCGCCCUGCUGCCCGUCGCCAAGCUGCUGCCUAGCUGCCCCGCCAGCAGCCAGCGCCGCGUGAUGGAGCUCCAGGAGGCCAACCUGGCCAGGCUGCUGUCGGCGGCCGGUCUGCCAAGAGAGAUGCACUCUCGGAUGGGAUCCGGGAGCAGCUCGAGCCCCUGCACCCCAGCCAUGCAGAGAGCACACUUCAACCAGAAUGCUAAUCUGCGCUCCAGCCGGGACGCCCCCCACAGCAGCUCCAUGUCGGACAUGGCCAUCUCCCCUCUCGCCCCGUUCCGCCCAGCCGUCGCACCCGUCGGCCCCGUCUCCCCCACGCUCGACACCGUCUUCUGGGAUUCUCAUAAGCCCCCCAAGGUUCCUGAACGCACUACUUCCAAGUUCUACUGUAAGGAGCUGGUUAUGGGACACAAGAGGACAUCUUCGAGUGGCAGUCCUGUAUUUGCGGAAAAGUUGACCUGGACGGUAUCGCCGGGGGGCUCCAGCAACCAUUCAGGUUACUUUAACCUGGAGAGCCCCCUCCUGCAGCAGCGUCUGCAGCAGCAGAGGAGACCGCAGGACGGCUCCCCCGGUGGACCAGCUCAGGGUAUACGACCCUCUGCUGGGCGGCACAACAAGGUGGCAGAAUACUCUUCGUCAAGCGACGAGCUGGGCAGCAGUGACGAAGAGGAGAGCACCAGGUCUGCCCUGUCCAACGGGCAAGGCCGACAUUUCCGAGGGAUUCCCGACGGCAUUGUACUACAACCUCACCACAACCUCAACCAGAACGUCGCGCGGGGCCCAGAUGACACGUACAUGCUGCCGGACCUGCUGCAGAAGACCCACCCCCCGUCGGGCCCCGGGGGGCCGGACCCCCGCGCCCAGCAGCAGCAGCAGAGGGACCUGGCCUACUCCCAGUCCCCCACCGCCGUACGCCCCCCCCAGCACCCAGAGCCCGCCCCCGGCAGCCCCACUGCUAAGAGCCCCUCCUCUCCCCUCUCACCUUUCAUCGACCCCAGGCUGCUGCAGUUAGCCCCGCCCUGCAGCCCCACAAGCAGCAGGCCUGAGCCAAUCAGAAGGCAAAACCACAGGAAGGGCUCUGUGGUGAACGUGAACCCCACCAACAUCCGCCCACAGAGUGACACGCCCGAGAUCCGCAAGUACAAGAAGAAGUUCAACACCGAGGUCCUCUGCGCCGGCCUCUGGGGGGUGAACCUCCUGGUGGGGACCGAGAGUGGCCUGUGGCUUCUGGACCGCAGUGGCCAGGGCAAGGUCUACUCCCUCAUCAGCCGCCGGCGCUUCCAGCAGAUGGACGUGCUGGAGGGCCUCAACGUCCUCAUCACCAUAUCAGGGAAGAAGAACAAGCUGCGGCUUUACUACCUGUCGUGGCUGAGGAACAAGAUCCUGCACAACGACCCCGAGGUGGAGAAGAGGCAGGGCUGGACGUCGGUGGGCGACCUGGAGGGAUGUGUGCACUACAAAGUCGUGCGGUACGAGAAGAUCAAGUUCUUGGUGAUUGCGUUGAAGAGCGCGGUGGAGGUCUACGCCUGGGCUCCUAAACCCUACCACAAGUUCAUGGCCUUCAAGUCCUUCUGCCCGCUGCCCCAGAGACCCCUGUCCGUUGACCUGACGGUGGAGGAGGGUCAGAGGUUAAAGGUCAUCUACGGAUCACUGUCGGGCUUCCACGCCAUCGACGUGGACUCUGGAACGCCGUACGACCUCUACCUGCCCACUCACAUCCAGGGCUCCAUCUGUCCCCACGCCAUCAUCAUCCUGCCCAACAGCGCCGGUACGGAGGUGCUGGUGUGCUACGAGGACGAGGGCGUCUUCAUCGACACCUACGGCCGCAUCACCAAGGACACGGUGCUGCAGUGGGGAGAGAUGCCUGCGUCCGUUGCCUACCUGCAGUCCAACCAGGUGAUGGGCUGGGGGGAGAAGGCCAUUGAGCUAAGGUCCGCCAACACAGGGAACUUGGAAGGGGUCUUCAUGCACAAGAAGGCCCAGAAACUUAAGUUCCUGUGUGAGAGGAACGAUAAGGUCUUCUUCGCAUCAGUUCAAUCGGGAGGCAGCAGUCAGAUCUAUUUCAUGACCCUUGGACAGAACUCGCUGUUUAGCUGGUGACACCUGGAUCGACCAAUCCAGGAUCGGCCGGCGAUGCCUGGAUGUGCACCGCCAAGACUGCUUGGUAAUGACUGGGUCUGACGUUGAAGGACGGAUGAGUAAUGCUUGGAUCUGCCGCUCCUAAAUCGGCUGGAAAUGCCUCGACCUCCCAACCCAGGAUCAUUUGGCGAUGUCCCUGUCUAUUCGACCUGGUUGAUUUGAUCAAUCCAUCAACCAUCUACAACUUUUGCUUUCUGGAGUUAAGCUUUUUUUUGUUCAACCCAACCUGCCAGGAUUUAAACGUUAUUGAUUCGAAGAAGAGCUCUGUCUCUACAACACACAUGCCUCCAUCAUCGGUGACUCGACCCUGGACUGAUGGUGGUCAAGGCAACAGGAAGUCCACUGAAUCUGACCGUUUGUUCUGUCGUCUGCUAGCGAUGCCUGGAUCCUCCAGGAGCUCUUCGUUAGCAGAAAAAGCUAUCGCUGCAUUUAUCUAGAUACCUUGGACACUUCAACACCUUCUUCAGUUGGUCUUUAAAAAUUGACCACCUCCCCAUUGUAAGGCGUCUACUGGGAAUGUCGGGGAAAAUUACGGGGCUUCUUUGCAAAUUAAUAUCAAUUUUACUGGAUAACAUAUAUAUUUUUUUAUGUAAUUCAACCUGCUCCUUCUCAUCUGGUGUGUUGUCUUGUCUCAAACAAUUCAACCAUUUAAUCAUUUUGUCGAUAUUUUCCAUUCUGAUGGAAAGGAUUGUGUAGAUUUAGUAAAGUGAUCAUACAAAAAUCAGUGUUAUUAUUGAUGCCUACCUGUAGAUGUCCGUUCCUGGUAUCAUUACAUUCAAUUCCCUGGUAUCAUAACCUUUAGUUCCCUUGUAUCAUAACCUUCAGUACCCUGGUCUCAUUACCUUCAGUUCUCUGGUCUCAUUACCUUCAGUUCCCUGGUCUCAUUACCUACAGUUCUCUGGUAUCAUUACCUCCAGUACCCUGGUCUCAUAACCGUCAGUUCCCUGGUAUCAUAUAGGCCUGGAUAGGAUAGGCAUUCUCCAUAAGCAGAUUAGUAAAUUGUUCUUACAGACAAUACAAUCAACAUUAACUGAAUAGAUAUCUAUAAGGUGACCAAACUUGGUUUGAAGCAUGAGGUAUAUCUGGUUGAAUCACUGUAUGUAAAUGAGAAGAAACUUAAAAAGGUUUUGGUCGGAUAUUAUGCAUAUUCUAAGAAGGACUUUCAUUUUUAUGCCUGUAUGUGUCAUGUAUGUUUGUUUUCUCUCCUAACUUGAAGAAUUACUAUUGACAAAGCCUAAUGAGAUAACAUAUGUAUAUAAAGGUGAAUUAUAUUUGUAAUAAAGUAUGACUAUGCUGCUCUUAAUGCCAUUUUGAAAAGAGCAAUAUCAAUAUAGUGAUUCAAAUGUAUUGACAUAACUGAAACAUACUUAGCGAUGUGGUCUUUGGUUUUCUGAAGGUUUGUUUUGCUCCUCUAUUCAUUCAUACCCAAUGUUAAAUACGAAGGACUUUUCUGCCAUAAACAUUCAAUUCUAUCCAUUUAAUUCAGUGAUUUUCCUUAAAUAGCUGCAUAACGUAACAUCAACUAGUAUUUUCCUCACUUUCCUCAGAAAGUACAGCCUCAGUGAAUGGCCAACAUUAAUAUUUUAUAUUCAGCGUUAGACCUUCUAAUGUCUUAUUGUUUAACAUUUUUCCUAUUACGUGAGCCAAUUAUAUUUUUCUGAACAAGGAAAUCGUUAAUUACAUCUUCAUGUAUUUACAAUACAAACGUAAUGACAUGAGGCAGAUUUUAUUGUGAUAGUACUAACUAGUACUGAUUACUAGUACUAACUACAAGCCCAAUCAUUGGGACCAGAAUAAAUGUCUGCAUGCUAGCCUGCAGCUCUUAACAUCGUUUAUACAACAGUCUUUUGCUUUAGUGUAUAUAUACUCAUAAAUUGCACUAUUUUAUAGAGAUUUUAUAAGCAGCCAGCUAUACUCGUCAACAAGUCAUUUCCCAAAGUCGAUUUCACACAAAUGAUUGCAGUUGGGAACCAAAGCAUGUAUUUUCUACAACUGAUUAUACUUCACCACAGAGGCAUAUAGUCCUGACCACAGAGACUGAUGUUCCCCGGUCAUGCCCAGGUUCUUAGAAAUGCAUGGAUUCUGUCUGAGGGUUUGACAUUCCCUCUUAGCCGGCCGCUUUAAACAAAGGCCUCAUUAUAUAUUUCCUGUGAUCGAGCCAAUCGUCUAAUUUCAAAGAGUGGGGCAGAUAUACAGUGUGGGCUGAAUGGAAAGUAAUCAGGGUUUCAUAAUUAUUACGUGUAUAUAAACAUUAGUAUCAUUAUGGUUAAAAUUGAAUCUUUAUCCUUGAUGUGCGUUUAUUAUUUUACGGUAGGUCUACAAAUCGUUCGAUAACAGAAUAAACCCCUUUCUAAUUUGAGUAUAUAUCAAUAUUGACAGAGGUUUAUCUAGCUAAAACUAGUUCAAACUUACAUUAUAUAGAAUGAACCUCAUUGAAAUCAUUAAAUUGCUGUGCUUACCUUGCAGAGGUCAACGAAUACUAUGAAUGUGUUCAGUAAGGGUCACAAAAUUUGCCCAAAAAGACAGUUUGGUUGAAAAUGUGCGUGUACAGGGCAGAGUUAAAAAUAAGAUACAUGCUAGAUAUUGCUUGAUUGGAACUCAAAAGAUUAUGUUGACCUAUAAAUUUGAUACAUUUUACACUUCAAUGCCAUCUCUCACUUCUUCAUUUGCCAUAUGUUUUGUUUAUCUUUUAUGAUUCCGUGGUAGUUUUUCUUUAUUUAAUUAGUUUCCAGAUGGUUAAGGGGUCUGAAUGCAUGGGGUUUUAAAACCAUGAAAGUUAUUUCAUUGAGACUGCUCUUGCUUUAAACAUACUCUUAACAUUGGGACAUGUUGCUUCAAGAUUACUUAUUUAUACCUGCUGAGGAAAUUGCAUCGCUUUUUGAAACUAGCUGUCUGAUUGCUUUGGAUUACAAAAACCACCAUCCUGUGUUGUUUUUGGUCAGCGUCAGCUGACUGUAUUUGAUAGUGUUAAAUUCUAACCGAUUGAUGAUAUACUAAGUCAAUAUUAACUUAUUGCAGCUGGUUCUGUGACAGUAUAUAGAACGGGAUAUGUUUUAAUACAUCUUUAAUCUUGAUUGGUUGUAGUCAAAAGGAUCACUUUGUCAUUCAUCCCCUGAGAUGAGUAUCUCGUCACCGUGACAAUGUUUCAUUCAUGUGUUUUGAUGAUGUAAUCAUUUGUGUUUCCCUUCUAUUGCAACAAAAGUCAUAAAUGGUCAACUUCAAUUCUUCUAAUCUUUUAUCUUUGCAAAUGGGCUGUGUGAUUGGAUAUCAAUGAUCAUCACGCUGUUCCUUCCAGGGUUUGAGUUUCUGAUCCAUCUGUUGGCUGGAAACUCUGGAAGUAAUCAUUCAAUCACCAACAAACCACAGCUACCUCUAGCAUCAGAGUCCAUUUUUCAAAUCUUAGAUCAAAUCAAACCCCAGCAACAACAGAGCGAUCUUGGGUGUAACACAUGCUAUCGCUGUCCUCUGAUUGGUUGAAGGGACUGAGAGACCAUAUCACUCUUCGGAGUGUGUAGAGCAGUUGGCCAUUGUCCCUUUGUAAUUUGUAGUAUCAGUACUUUUACAAAACAUUUUGGGGCAGUGCAGUGGGAUAAAAAGAAGGAGCCUAAAGUCCCAGUGUGAUAGAUCUAGCCCCUUCCCUUUAGUGGGCGGAGCUAGGCCUGCUGGGGUUGUGAGUGGGAGGGGUUAUGUGGUUGACGCUAAGUUAUAGAGUUAUGAUGAUAAGACAUCCGAUUGAUGAUAAGACAUCCAAACUGAUUUUAUUGAUAAUUCACUAUCGAUCAACAACGACUACAGAUAUGUCCAGGUUAUUUUAAGCUACAAGCUAGUUGGAGUGUUAACAUUGCAGCUUUAUCUGCUGUAGUUCAGUGAACAUUCCAUCGAAUAAGUAAGAAGGAGAGAAAACUUGUGUGUGUGUGUGUAUGUGUGUGUGUGUGUGUGUGUGUGUGUGUGUGUGUGUGUGUGUGUCUGUCUGUCUGUCUGUCUGUCUGUCUGUCUGUCUGUCUGUCUGUCUGUCUGUCUGUCUGUCUGUCUGUCUGUCUGUCUGUCUGUCUGUCUGUCUGUCUGUCUGUCCGUCUGCGUAUUUAUGU